AAAAUGACUCAGAUAGCAUACCUGGAGAAAUCGAUAUGCUCUUUAGGAACAUAGAAAAAGUAAACAAGAAGUGUAUGCCUGAAAUACAGGAUGCUCAGAUUGAAGAAAUGGCAGUAAAGCUGUGGAAUUGGGCAGUUUCCAGGAGAGCGGCUUCAGUUAUCAAUGAAGAGCAGAAAAUCAAAACACACCAUGUUGCUUGCAAAUUAAUAUAUAUGUGUGAUGGUCCAGCUAUUUCAGAAGAAACUAUUAGAAGAAAGAUUUUGAUGAAUAUGAAAACUGGAAAAGGAUGGCUGGGUAUUGGAAAUGCCCCAAAUUCUGAUGAAUUAUUUCAAGCUGCUAUGGUUAGUCUGGAGCAACAGCAUACUCGGUUAAUGCAGACUAACUCCACUCAGGCCAAUUUGACUGAACAGAGAAUCGUUGUGGAGGGGGACAUAGUCACAGUGCUUUCUUACCAGGCAGAGUCAGCAAUUAUUCAAGGUGAUUCACAAAGAGCAUCUAUAUGUGUCAUGCGCUGUAAAGAUAUGUUGAUAAACCUUCCUGAAAUGAUCAGAUAUCUUCAUAUUCUUUGUUACAACUUUGGAAUUGAAGCCCACAAGCAGAAUAAAAAUGAAGAAAGUUCUUUCUGGCUUAGCCAAAGCUAUGAUAUUGGGAAGAUGGAUAGGAAUUCCAGUGGUCCAGAAAUGCUGGCUAAAGUUCUUCGCUUACUAAGCACCAUAUAUUUGGAAGGGGAUGACAGAGAAUAUUAUGAGAAGGCCCUCAAUGCUAUAAAUCUAGCAAAUAAGGAAUCCGUAAGUCCAGGUGGGCUUUUCAUAAAGAUGAAAAUCCUCUUGAAGAUCAAGACAACUAACGAGGAACUCUCUAAAGUUGUCAUGGAAAUACUACACCUUGACAUGCCUUUAGAUUUCUGUCUGAAUGUUGUUAACCUGCUGAUGGAUUAUGAAAGAGAUUCGGUUGGGAUUUAUUUUCUGAACAAUAUCUGUGAGCAUUUUAAGUCAUCAGAACAUAUUGGAAAAGCUCUACUGCUUCAGGUUGACAUUCUUAUGAAAAUGAAGGAAGAACUAAUUGCCCAGGAGAAAAUUGAAGAAAUAAUCAGAGUUCACCAAGCAGGAAGAAAACUAACAACAGAAUUAGCAGACUGUUUACACAACAUUCUGUGGGAAAAGGCUGUCAAAAGUAUUAAGGUAAAAAAUUACAUUGAUGCCCUAAAGUGGUACAAUUAUUCUCUACAACUUCAUGUCUCUGGUCCUAUGAAUUUGGAACUGGCAAAACUGCAGAGGAACUUGGCUUUUUGUUACCUACAUUUAGGACAAUUUGAUAAGGCUAAAGAAGCAGUGACAGAAGCUGAAAAGAGUGAUCCUGAAAAUAUUUUCACUCAAUUUUAUGUAUUCAAGAUUGCCAUUUUAGAGGGAGACUCUGACAAAGCCUCGCAGGCACUUACUGAUUUAGAUAAUUUAAUAAGAACUGAAAACCUGCAAGAGAAUAAACUGCAUACAGAUAGUUCACCUCCCACACUCCUCAGUUUAGCUGCUCAUUUUGCUCUUGAGAAUAAACAACGAAAUGUGGCAGGAAAAGCUUUGGAGUGUUUAGCUAAACAUUCACAAGAACCACAAGAAGUCCUGACAGCUUUAAAGUGCUUCUUUCGUCUUGUUCUUCCAGUGGUUACUGAAAUGCCAGAAUCUGAAAAUAAAAAGAAAGAAAUGAAUAGACUUUUGGUUUGCUUGAAUUCAGCACUCUUAAAACUUGACCAGUCUUUUGCUGGAGAAGUUUCAGUUACCCACUCAAAGAUUAAUGAAGCUCAUUGGUUUCGAAAAGUAGCUUGGAACCUGGCUGUGCAAUGUAAUAAAAAUCCAGUAAUAAUGAGAGAAUUUUUCAUACUUUCAUACAAGAUGUCCCAGUUUUGUCCUUCUGACCAAGUAGUUAUGAUCUCACAGAAAACAUGUUUACUUAUGGCAGCUGCAGUUGAUCUUGAGCAAGGGAGAAAAGCUUCAACUAAGUAUGAACAGACCCAGUUUUUGAGCCGUGCACUUGAAGAGAUCUAUAAAUGCAGAGACAUCUGGAAUCUUCUGAAACAAACAGGAAACUUCUCAAAUGAUCCAUGUGAAACAUUGCUUCUGCUGUACGAAUUUGAAGUUAAAGCCAAAAUGAACGAUCCAUCCCUGGACUCCUUCCUGGAAUCAGUGUGGGAACUAUCUCAUUUAGAAAGCAAAACAUUUGAAACAAUUGCAUCAUUAGCAAUGGAAGCACCUGCACACUAUCCUUCCAUCGCUCUAAAGGCCUUGAAACAGGCAUUAUUGCUCUACAAAAAGAAUGAAUCACUUGAUGCUUUGAAAUACAGCAAAUGUAUGCACAACUUCAUUAACCUCUUACUGCCAGAUGGGAUGACAAAAUCAGAAUUUUGUCCUAUGGAAGAAGUUUGGGACUAUUUUGAAGAUGCUCUGAAUAUUAUUAGCCAAAACGAAAACUACCCAGAAAUAGAAAUUCUCUGGCUAAUGAUCAAAGCCUGGAAUACUGGAGUACUUCUGUUUGGCAAAUGCCUGUGUGUGUCUGCUGAAAAAUGGUGUGGCCUGGCAUUGCGUUUCCUCAACCACCUUGAUUCCUUCAAGAUAAACUAUGAGACUCAGAUGAACGUUCUGUAUCGUGAGCUUAUAGAAACAUCAGAUAGAAACAGAACACCACUGUUCACCAAAGAGUAAGAAUCACUGGGACAAAGCAUCUGAGUAGGCAAGCUCACAGCGACUUGAGGAAGAUGUGACGGCAUUAAGAUACUGAAUAUUUAAAUUGUUUGUGAAAUUUUCUCUUGAGCCUUUCUGCCUUCUUCAGUCCUGUUUUUGUGUUAGUUGAAUAAAAUAUUCUAAAAAUAAAAGCACUUUUACUUUCCCUCUUA